CCUAUGAAGUACUCUCUGCAUUGGAGGAAAUUCCGCCAUAUUCAAAAUUGUUUUCAUCUUGCCCAAACUUGUUUAUUAUUGACAAAAUUAAAAAUUCUCCAUACAGGUGUCACAUAAUAUAGAUAUGAACUAAAGUACAUCGCGAAAAUGUCGGGAACUGCAACAGCACAAGCUCAGCAGAAGUUCUCUAACCUACGGAAACGUCUUGACCAGUUAGGCUACAAACAGCCCCUUGGAAUAGAGUCACUCCCACUUGUGGAGAAGUUGUUCGCAGACCUUGUCCACACCACAGAAAGUUUAAAGAAUGCGAAACUUGAGAUUGGUCAGCAAACAACAGAGACGAAAGAUUUGGACUCGGCAAUAGAACCAUACAAGAGUGAUAAUGCUAAGUUAGUGAAGGAAAACAAUGAUCUGCAUAAACAGCUUAUCAAACAGAAAGAGGAGUCGGAUGCAGUUUUCAGAGAGCUGAAGGCUUCACUGCGUAAGCUAGAGCAUGAGAAUGCUGACCUGAAAUUCCUAAAUAAUCAGUAUGUUCACAAGGUCAGAGGUCUAGAGAAAGAGUCCAAAGAAAAAUCUGAUAGAAUACUCAAUUUACAGGAGAAGAAUUUCCAUGCAGUUGUUUCAACGCCAGGCGGUAAAAAGAAGACUAUACCAUUCCGUCGACAACGUAUGGAGAUUGACUGCACUGUUCCACCUGCGGAUGACUACCAAAGAUCUAAACCAAAUCUCGCUGAUGAUCCCUACGUGGCCGAUCUUCUACAGGUGGCAGAUAGCAGGAUCGCAGAGCUGGAGAGGCAGGCCAGUGAACUGAGUGAUAAAAAUGAGAUUGCAGACAGAAAAAUGGCCAGUUUUAGACAACAGGUCGAAGGACGUGAUGAGGAGAUAGAGAGACUGCACAGAAUGUUGGACGGUGGACGACCCUCGGAUGUUGUGGCCCUCGAGGCCCGCAACAGAGCCAAUGAGAGAAUGAUCUCACAUCUAAAUAUACAGAUUGACUUCUUACAGCAGAAGAACAGAGAAAUGGAUAGGAAAUAUCGAGAUGCAGUCACAGAUAGGAGUGAAGUAGAAUCUGACCUCGCAAAGUACAAAGCUCGUAUGAGCGACCUUGAACUUGAAUUUCAGAGUGUUGAUAGACAUGCAAAACGUUUAGAAACUGAUAAAAGCAUUGUUUUAAAAACAGCUGAUCGUGAAAUGGAAGAGGCCAAAGGGGAAUUAGAAAAAUCUCGGCAUGAAAUGGAAGAUUUAGAUGUUGAAAUAGCACAACUAAGAGCAGAAAAUGCUCGAUUAACGAAAGAGUUCACAGAAACCAGAUCUUCUCUCAUGACAAAAACUAGUGACCUUAUGAGAUUGGAAGAGCUUCAUGAUAGAGUUUCAGAGGAUAAAAAACGUCUAAGUCAUCGUGUCAAUAAAUUAAUGGCCAAUGAGAAAGAAUUGGUGCUUGAAAUAGAAAGAUUAAAACGUAAGAAUGGACCUGCUGGGGCCGCCAAGAAAGGUAAAAUCCCGAGUAAACUUGAUGCGUUUGUACGGAGCAUAGAGGAAGAGAGGAACUACUACAGGGAUCAGGCUGAAGCAUUCCAGAAAAUGUUACGUGGAGAGAUUCCAUCACGAUCACGUAGUCCGCCACGUUCUAGAACUCCAUCACGUCCUUCAUCUAGGUCAGCCAGUCCUGCCAGAGAGCUCAAUGCUUCAGCUAAAGCAGAUAAGAAGGCUGCUGCACAGUACGAGGCCAUUAUGAGGGUUUUGGAGGAGGAGAGAGAUUAUUACAAGGGUGAAUAUGAGAUCUUAAAAGCCACCAAGAGGGCCUCGUCUGCCAGGGCCACACCCACAAAGACAUUCGAGACUAACACUAAGCGCUUUGACAGUGAAAACAAGUUAAAAAAGUUUGGUAUGACCGAGGAUGUUGAGAAGCUCACCAGGGAAAGAGACGAGAUGAGACAACUCCUGGACAAGUUUGAGCGUCAUAUGGCUGAGAUCCAAGCAAAUGUGAAGGUAUUGACUGGAGAAAGAGACAAGCUUAACAAGAUGUAUGAAGAGACCAAGGAUGAGUUACAUAAAGUCAGACGUGAACUUGUUAGGUCACCCAAAUCACCCAAAACCUCUCUAGCUGCACAGGCAGUGCUUCGUCGUGUGGAGAAUGAACGUGACGAUGCAGUCUCCGAACUCCGAAGAAUGACAACGGAAAGAGACAGCCUUAGAGAGAGAUUGAAGAUUGCAACAGAAAUCUCAUUGUCUGAGAAAGCGAAAUUAGAACAGCGUGGUGAGGACUUGGAGAGUGCACUGACUCAGGCGGAAAACGAACGCGGAGAGCUGAUUGUACGUGUUAACUCCCUGAAGGAGGAUGUUAGAAGCUUGGAAGAACAGGUCAAGGACAUGGCAGGCAGACUCACAGAUACACAAGAUGAAAACUCUCAGAACAAAUCCAAGGCUACUCAGAUGAAGAUGCUAGCAGAAGAGACCGAGAGAGGUUUGGAGGACACCCAAAAACGUCUGGCACGUCGUGAGAGUGAGUUGGCUGCACAGGAAGAAAGAUGUGCACGACUCGAGGACAGGAUUGCCGAGCUACAGAGAACAUUGGCACAUUCGACCGAUGAAAACUCCGAUAUACGAAGGACAGUGAGUCAGCUAGACAGAGAGAAGGAUAACCUCCAGAUCAAUGUUGAUGAGAAGACAGAGAAGAUCGCUAACCUCAAUGAAGAAGUUCUUCUCAAAGAGAAGUUGAUCAGUGAUCUGAAGGUUAGGAUCAGUGAAAUAGAGGCACAAUUAGGCCAUGCAAAUGGUAACAUCAACAUGAAAGAUCGGGAAUUAAAGUCUCUCAAACGUCAGCUAGACAGUACCUCAGAAGACCUGAAUGAGAACAGUCGAGGAAAAGAAGUUGCUUUGAGAGAAAAUAGACGUCUGCAGGAUGACCUUGCAGUCAUGACCAGGGAAAAUCAGAAAAUCAAUCAAGAGCUACAGGAGGCAUUAGAGGACAAGGAAGGCCUGAAACAACAGGUACAGCAGUAUAUACUGGAAGUCAGAAGUAUAGAAGAUGUCCUAGCCUCAAAGGAGAAAGAAAGAUCUGACUUGCUGGAUCAGUACCGAGCCCUGUCCUCCGAGGCUGAACAAUACCAAACUGCCACCCAUCAGCUGGAGAGUGAGGGUUCAAACAUGAGGCUGGAAAUUAUGACCAAGGAUUCAGAACUUAGGCGACUCAGGGAUAAGGUUGACAACUAUGAAAGAGAAAUUCAGGAACAUUUGAGUGCUCAGCAGGCAUAUGAGCUACAGGUGUCCAACUUGACUCGCUGUGUGGCCAACCUUGAAGACAACCUCAGACAGACAGAUGAUGACAAGAACACGCUUCUCAGUGACCUGACAGCUGUACGCGAGCUCUGCUCCAGGCUGGAAGGUACCAAAGAGUCUCUACAAAGACAACUGACUGCUCUAACUAUUGAUAAAGAACAGCUUCAGAGCCAGUCUGAAGACAUUGCCCAGGAGUGUGAGUUAUACCGCAGUCAGCUUACCUCAGAGCGCCAGUCCAACAAGAACUUGGAGGGGCUGCUACAGAACAACAGGGAGAAAGAAUUCCAGUCCCAGCUACAAACACAGGAACAUAGCGCUGAAAUACAGAUGCUGAAAGAUAGACUCUCCCUUAAUGAGAGUAAAAUACAAAGUCAGAGCCGAGAAAUUGCCUCUUUACGUACAAGAAAUGUUGAACUGGAGGGUGAUGUAGAGAGACUACGAAGACAACUCACCAGUGAGAAAUUUGAAAGUGCUAGGUCUGCAGUAACCUCUCAGGCAGGACGUAGUGUUACAAUAUUCUCAUUUGAAAACUAUGGCAUGCAAGAACGGGCUGUGCAGGAAUUGAGAAGACAUGGCCUUGUACCACCAGUGCCUACGAUGGACUACACGAGCAGCACGAGAUACAGGUCCACAAGUCCCGUCAGGUCUCCCAGGUCGCGCUCCAGAAGUCCUACCAGAUUCAGGAGCCGUAGCCCAGAAACAUCAUAUUUAAGUUCUUCCCGACGACGCUCACCCGAUCGAAGUGGCUACUCCCUAGACGAUCCAGACACCGCUACUAAAAGUUACAACUCAGACCUUCUUUGAUGAAUCUUAAACUAUUUAAUAACAUUCCACAUGUAAAACAUGUCAAACAUUUUAAGGAGACUCUAGGAAGGAUUUAUAUGAUCUUUAUAUGAGAAAGCGAUAGAUGUUUUGUUCUCACCAGCUCAGGUUGAGUUAUUAUUGUUGAUUGCCAGAAGUGCCGAAAUGAUAUUUGACCAGUGUUGACCUGUAUUGACUUGUAAAGGGACCAGUUCAGUUGAGUUAGAAAAUUUUGUUUAUUAUUUAAUAUUGUUAAGAUGUUAAGCAUUACAUUUCUAUGUGUCACAGCAUUAUCUAAAACAAAUAUAAAAAAGAUAGUAUAUUGGUAUUUUCGGUAGUUUUAUUUCGUUACUGCUCCAAUAUGCUUACUAAUUGUUGUUGCCAGCUUGUGUCGGAAAUAAUUCACAAAGGGGCAUUUGGGGUUUUCCUUCACCAUUAAAAAGCUGGAGCAUCGUAUGACCUAAAAUUGCAUCACAGCAAAGUUUAAUCAAACAAAUGUUCUGUGUCAGUUUUAGACUUAAGAAUUUCAUAUGUUGCAGCAAGGAACAUGUUGUAGAAGCGGAAGUGACGAAAACAGUCACAAAUGUUAAAGGCAAAUGAAAGGAUGUAGUCAUUUAACUUGACUAGAUAUUGUUAAAGCUACGAACUAUGGGUGUUUUUCUUAACCAUAGAUGAUGCUGUGAACCAUGGAUAAUGUUGUUAAAUAAGAAUUCAGCUAUUAGUAUUGAGUUAGCAGAAGAGAUGUAUUUUAAAUAUGUAAAGGUAUUUUCCUAGUGUGCUACUGUGAUAACAUUUUUCUUACCUUGUCAAAGUUCUUGUUUUAGAAAGACACAAAACAUGACAUGAGAAAAAUUCUAUUGCAACAGACUGCAAGUAAAAAGUUCAAAGUUAUUCUGUCAUUGUAUUACUGUUUUUUUAUUUGAUUUUCAAUUCUUUACACUUCUAUGGAAUUGUCAGUCUAAAGCAAGAACUACUAGUAUAUAAGUACCAGUAUCUGUGAUAUUAUUCACCUUUAAGGUGAAAUUUUACCAAUCAAAUGUGCUGUUACAAAGUUUGAAAAUUCUUACCGAUAUCUCAAGUUGUUUGAUUGGCUGAAAGGAUUUACCAAUCAAAUAUGCUGUUACAAAUUUUGAAAAUUCUUACUAAUAUUUUGAUUGGCUUAAAGGUUAUUUAAACUUAAGUAUUUAGAAGUAUUACAACUUCAUCAUUUUCUAAAAAGUAAAUAGAAAACAGAGGAAAAUUACUUCAGUUUUCUGUCUCAUUUUUUUUGUUCAGGGUGAAAUUGUAUUUUGUUAGAAGAUAGAAGAAUAUUUGUUAGGAACUUUUAUCAACAUGAUUUGUUACAUCAGUUUCUUAGACAAAAAGUAAAACCCUAGCCAGCUUAAAAUUGAAAGCCUAAAGUAUUGUGUUGGAUUUUCCUUUUUGUUUGAACAGCUUCAUACAUUAGUAUUGUUUUAAUAGUUCAAACUAUUUAGAUAAUACUACAAUAAGGCAGCACUUCAUGUCCUUAGGUUAAAUUUAUUUGUAUAUAUGAAGUACUAGGAUACAGACAUUGGGUAAAGUCGCUCGACUUUGCAGUUUGUUUUUUUACGGUAUCUUUCACUUUCAUUCCAAUCCGUCCAGCUACGUGUAGAUUUGCUAUAUUUAUUUUAUUUUGUUCUUUAUGUUCUUGUAGAUUAUUUUACAUUUUGAUUAUUUAUGCAUUUGCGCUGUCAUCAAAAAACUAACAUUUCCAACAUGAUCUAUUUGUGAAUUUGUUUUUUUUUUUUUUUACGAGUAGUCUCAGAGAAAUUUUUUGGAAUCUCAAGUAUGUGUUAAGUUUCAUUAUUUUGAAAAUAAUUACAGACGAACUUCGCUCGCUUGAACUCGACAAGACUUCUGAAUUUUACAGGAGUUGUCAGUAGUUUAAGCAAUUGAAAAAUAUACAUUGCAUAGGGUUUUUGCAGGGACCUGACAAUGAGUUUCAGCAAAGUGUUGCAUUCGAACAAAGAAGUAUAAAAUACACAGAAUGGCAACUGGCUGUAAUCUCGCGUGAUCUCGUGUCAGAGCGUGAAUCGGCUUUAUCUUAGUAAAAACAAACAUCGGUAAGCUUAGAGUUACAAUUUGUACCUUUAAAACUACAUUUAAAAUACAUGUUAGCUUCUAAAACAACAUUAGUUUAAUGUGAAAUAGUCUUAAGACACAAAGUACACGUUUCUUGCCAUCAAAAAAAGCGUGGUCAUACGGCCAUUAUUAAUUUACCGAUGAAUAAUUGCUUUCGCAUACAAAAUGGCGCAUGGUUUCACUUCCGGUAAACGAGAUCUCAUUCAGUUGUCACAGGAUGUUGGCGAGAUUUGCUCUAUAUGCCUUUUAAGUUGCCGAUCCAUUUAUUUUUAUAGCUCUUUGAUUCGAAGUAUCGGAGUUCGAGCGAAUGAAGUUUGAAUGUUUUGUCACGGUAAGAACAUCAUAGCUGUUGAAAAAUUUAUGAACAUUAUGAGAAGUAUUAACCAAUUUAUGGUUCAAGUGAUGACAUGGUGGUAGUUAAAAGGUGACUGACAGCUAUACUGCCAGAUACUCUUUAAAUUUAGUUUAUAGUCACCUCAGUUGGUCUGUUAUGUAGAAAUAGUUUGAGAACUGGGAAAACACAUUCAUGUAUAUCUUUGCAUUAACUUAAUAUGUAUGCUUUGAACAAAAAUGUGUACAAGUAGUGUAGUUGAUACAUAUACAGUAUUUUUUUGAAUUUUUAAGAAAUUAAAAUACAGAAAUCCAAA